AUGAGAAAGCGGCAACGUAGUGACGAGUCGGCGACCAACCGGAUGACACCCGUCACCUUCGUUGCGCAUCUUUCAAGCCUGAGACGACAGGAAAGUUUUAUAAGCAAUUCAACAAAAUGGUGGCAAAAUAAAGGAAUCAUUUCUUCUUCUUCUUCUUCUUCUUCUUCUUCUUAUAUUUUUUUUGUCUUAUUCGGGCUUUCAAGUCUUAAAAUUCUAUUUUUUCUUCAUCGCUUCUUUCUUUUUUUCCCGCCGUCUACUUUUAUUUCCUUCCGAGUCUUUACUUCUUCUUCUUCUUCUUCUUCUUCUUCUUCGUCUUCUUCUUCUUCUUCUUGCCAAUUUUCAUAUUUCCUUAUUCUCCUCUUUCUAAAUACUUCUACUUUAUUCUUCUGCUUCUUCGUGCCAAUUUCGUAUUUGCUUACUCUCAUUUUUCUUGAUGUCUUCUUCUUCUACUUCUUCUUCUUCCGCUUUUUUCUUCUUCUUCUUCACCCUCCCCUCCUCUUCUUGCCAAUUCCCUUACUCUCUUCUUUCUACGUUUCCUUUUCCUCCCAUUUCUUUUCUUCUUCUUUCAAAUUUCGUAUUCCUUACUCUCCUCUCUCUAAGCGCCUCUUUCGUAUUUUCAUUACUCUCCUUCUACAUGUUUCUUCUUCUUCUUCUUCUUGCUAA